GGGGGGGGGGGUCAUUAAGCAAAUCCAUAGUGCAAAUUUUUAUUUUAUUUCUCUACAUUAUUAUCCCUAUCACAGCCUUACAUGUAAACAAUUCAUCAUUUAUUGCAGAACACAACGAUAUCCAUAAAUGAUGAUCUUUGUACUUUGCAUUUCUGAUAUUGAAAGGUCUGCGACAAUAUAAGUCAAAUAUUAACAUAGUGGCUCGUGCAAAAUUAUGUUUAUUGUAAUUACACAGUGUUCCAUAUGCGGCAUAUGAUGACAGCUUUUUUGUGUCUCGUGAUUUAUGUAGCCCCAGUCACACGCAACUUGAUGUUACCCCUAAACAUUACGAUAGUAAAUAUACCAACUUAAAAAAAAACAGGCGGAAGGUAUACAUGUUUUUCUAAAGAAGGGUAAUCAAAGGGGAAUCAAAAUAAUGUUGAUAAAAUAAUGUCAUUAAUUUGGCACGUUUAGGCUGGGGUUAUCUAAUCCUUUUUGAUUCCCCCUGUUUUUUAUCAGGAGAAGUUUUUACAGAGCUCACGAGUGGAAAAGAAAAAAAAAACAGUCCAACAUCGAAUUACCCGAUCAUCGCCAUUACAUGCCGAUAUCAUCGCUCUCCUAGACCGAUAGUGCAUUGGAACUAAGUGUAACAAGGUGUUCAUAACCAGCAGGUCACACUAUGUGAAUCGUUGUUUGAAGCUCGCCGAAACAACUGGCACAGUGACACUUGAUCUUGCUUUAUUUGAGACAACUUUGGAGGUCAUUGUGAUGCUCAUUCUUUUCUGAUUGUUCCAGUCGCCGCUCUAGAUUUGAAAAUCAAAAUGGUUGUGGGCUGUGGGCCAAAAAUUGCCAAGCUUUUCCUGUUCAUCUUUAACUUCUGUCUCUGGCUAUGCGGUGUCGUCUUGAUUGGUGGGGGAAGUUAUGUCGCUGCUAAGCACAAUGACUAUGAAGAUCUCUUUGCAGACAACGCCAUUCUGACAGUAUCGUGGAUCGCUAUCGGUAUCGGUUUGUUCAUUUUUGUGGUCGGAUUCUCAGGAUGUUGUGGCGCCAUGAAAGAGAGCUCUUGCCUUCUUAAACUGUACUUUUUCUUUGUUCUGCUGAUAGUAUUGGCUGAAGGCUCUUUGGGGAUCGUUACGUUUGUGUUUAGCGGUGAUAUUGAGGAUAGUAUGACCAAGGGCAUGCAGGAGUCUAUUACUGAGAAUUAUGGUUUGAAAGAAGGCACAACCCAAGCGAUCGAUGACGUUCAGAGAACGUUUGAUUGCUGCGGUGCUACUGGAUACGGGGAUUACAUGACUUCUAAGCACCUGCAGAAUGGAUUAGCUGUACCAGGAUCGUGCUGUAAAGAGCCAGGGUGCGAUACCAGUGGACCUAAAGGAAACCCUUAUAAUCAACAUGUAAUCUGGACAGAAGGUUGUGUGCAUGCCACGAAAGACACCAUCAAGAAUCAUUACCUUGCUAUAGGAGGAGCAGCGUUCGGUCUUCUUAUUUUUGAGAUUAUAACAAUGGUAUUUGCUUGCUGUGUCAUAAAAGGAAUCGACAACAGUUAUGAAAAAUACGCAUAAAGGAUUUUUGUCUUCAUUUUGGAAGUUGGUGAUACAGUCCCACUCAUUCAUCUUGGUCGAAAAUACCAACAAAACCGAAGCCUCAAGAUAGAACUGUUCAAAUAUCAUGAAUAUAAACGGAACUCCAACCAAGCUUGGAUCGGAGACAAAGUUUAUGUUAAACCCAUCUCCUUAUAUGAUUUAUCCAAGUAUUACUGGACCAUUCCAAUAAUACGUUCCCCUUCGUAUGUUGUUCCAGCGGGCCCUGCAUUGUACCUUUUCAUUGCCCCUCGUAGUGAUAUAUUUCUAAUAUAAAUCCCCAUUUUUUCGAUUGAAGUUGGUCAUGAUCAGGUCAAUUGUGCUACUUGAGAUUAUAAAUAUGGCAUCAUUUUGAAGAUAAAAAAGUUAUUUUAUUGGCUCACAAGCAGAGUCGGAAUUUGUACAAUAUCGUAAUCUGUCAAAUAACCCGAAUGUAUACCAAAUACGAUAUAUCUAUUAUAAUAAUCACACAACCCAGGAGAAAUGUUAGAUUAGCCAGAUUAAAAAAAUAAAAAAUAAACGUACAUAGAAAACAAGAUAACAAUGUAAUAUAUACUGGGAAAAAAUUGCCGAUGUACAUCAUUUCUUGCUUCUGCUAAUGGCUCAUAGAAAUUAGGACCACUCUUCCAAUAGUCUUAAUGUUAUAAACUAUACAUUGCUGUAUUUCUACGAAUGGAUAAAUUAAUGUUUUCAUUGUUGUUGAUAUAAUCAUGAUUGCUGUAGCUUUGUAAAGAAUUCGGGGAAUUAAAAUUAACUUUGAAAUGAAGUUUAAAAGGUUAAAAGUUGACAGAUACUAGAAACACUCGUCAUUUCUUAUUAUAAGGAACAUUAUUUUCCUACCUAAACUUGUUUUGCAUUUUGUUUUUUUUAUAUUACUUUAUUUGAAGAACAAGAGAAAAUCAGGAAUGACUUUGAAAGAAUUACAACCUGCUCCACUAUUUUACCUUUAUAUUAGCUUAACCUUUCCUCUAUAAUUCUAUAUCGUGUGUAUGUUGAUUUUUAAAAUCAAAAGUACAACUUCAGCGCUAAAUCGAUCAGAAUCUUAGAAAACAAAGUCAUGUUAAAUGUAAGUGAACAUGAAUUAUCCUUGACCUAAACAAGCUUAGAAGUAAAUAAUAUAUUUUGUUCUUUCAUUCUAUUUGAUGGGUUCUAUAUGGAUUUAAAAUGUUCAACGUAUUAAAAUAAUUCUAUUGUCUUGAAAAGGAAACAAUAUUAUUUUUCAUUUUUAAUUCCUUGUUUCUUAUUUAUAAAUAGUGAAACUUGAGUUUUUAUACAAAUAUUCGAGUUAACACAUUUCAGUCAACGCAUUUAUAUUAUUUCUGUAUUUUUUUUUUAUUGUUCUUGAGCGUUAAUAUACGAUCGAUAUACAUUGUCGAUUGAGGAAUAUUAU